AGAUCGGCCCCGGCGGCUCAACAGUUCCCAAAGUCCGGGCUCGCGGCCGCGCGGCUCCGUCUGUGCCCGGGCGGUGCAGGGGCGCGGGGGUCCCCGGGCGGCUGCAUCCCGGGGCUGCCCCGGACAUGCCCCGCUUCCCGUGCCGGACGCCCGCGCGGCUCCACCGGCUGCGGUUCGGGGGGCUCUGGGACUAGAGCACCUCCAUCCCAACUUAUGAUUUUGGGGUCCCCCAGCCCGAGAGGAACGGGCGGCCUGGCUGGGGGAGCCCCGGGCCUGGUGUGACGGGGCGGUCAGCUUUGCCGCGCCCCCCACUCCAGCCAUCUCUGUGCCCUGCAGAAUGUAACUGCUCUCUCUGCGUCCCCCCGGACUCCAGCCGCAGUCUCCGCGACCUCCCGCUCCCGCCGCCAACCCGUGCCACCCGGGAUCCCGUCGCCGCGCCUGCCUUGCCCGGACACCCGCCGCCGUCUCUGCACCCGCGGACUCCAGUUUCGCGACCCCCUCCGUCUUCGCGCGCCUGGGACUCUAAGCAGAGGUCUUCUCGAUCCCCCCCCAGGAUUCAGACACUGCUCCCGCACCCCCAAGCCCGGACUCCAGUCGUCGUCCUCGGGGCCCCGCCCCCCGCCCCCAAACCCAGACGCCAGCCGCGACCUCCGUGCUCCCCGGGAUCCCGCUGUCGCACCGGCGCCGGCGAGGGCAGCCGCUGCCCCACCACGCGCCCCGAGUCCGCCCGGCCCUCGGCGGGGAGAUGAACGCGCAGCUGGACGGCCUGUCGGUGAGCUCGUCCUCCACCGGCUCGCUGGGCUCGGCGGCCCGGGCGGGCGGCGGAGGGCACGCGGGGCUCCGACUGCUGUCCGGGAACGUGCGCCAGCUGCACCAGGCGCUGACCGCGCUGCUGAGCGAGGCGGAGCGGGAGCAGUUCACGCACUGCCUGAACGCCUACCACGCGCGCCGCAACGUCUUCGACCUGGUGAGCACCCUGCGCGUGCUGCUGGACAGCCCGGUCAAGCGGCGCCUGCUCCCCAUGCUGCGGCUGGUCAUCCCGCGCUCGGACCAGCUGCUCUUCGACCAGUACACCGCCGAGGGCCUCUACCUGCCCGCCACCGCCCCCUACAGGCAACCCGCGUGGGGCGGCCCCGACGGCGCGGGGCCAGGGGAGGUGCGCCUGGUGAGCUUGAGGCGCGCCAAGGCCCAUGAAGGCUUGGGCUUCAGCAUCCGCGGGGGCUCGGAGCAUGGCGUGGGCAUCUACGUGUCGCUGGUGGAGCCAGGCUCUCUGGCUGAGAAGGAAGGACUGAAAGUCGGGGACCAGAUUCUGCGUGUCAACGACAAAUCCCUGUCCCGGGUGACCCACGCUGAGGCCGUCAAGGCGCUCAAGGGCUCCAAGAAGCUGGUGAUGUCGGUGUACUCGGCAGGCCGCAUCCCCGGGGGCUACGUCACCAACCACAUCUACACCUGGGUGGACCCGCAGGGCCGCAGCAUCUCCCCGCCCGCCAGCCUGCCCCGGCCCCACAGCGGUGCCCUGAGGCCGCGCGAGGGUGACCGGAGGAGCACCCUGCACCUGCUGCAAGGCGGGGAUGAGAAAAAGGUGAACCUGGUGCUGGGGGACGGCCGGUCCCUGGGCCUCACCAUCCGCGGGGGAGCAGAGUAUGGCCUCGGCAUCUACGUCACGGGCGUGGACCCGGGCUCUGAAGCAGAAAGCAGUGGGCUCAAGGUCGGGGACCAGAUCCUGGAGGUGAACGGGCGGAGCUUUCUCAACAUCCUGCACGACGAGGCGGUCAGGCUGCUCAAGUCAUCCCAGCACCUCAUCCUGACGGUGAAGGACGUGGGGAGGCUGCCCCACGCCCGCACCACCGUGGACGAGACCAAGUGGAUCGCCAGUUCCCGGAUCGGGGACCCCGCCACGAACUCAGCAGGGUCAGGCCCCACUGCUUACGCGGAGCCUCAGGGCCCCGGGGCCCGCUCUGAGAGCCAGUUUCCUGGGGAUCCCACCACAGAAGGAGCAGACAAGCUGGGAUUUUACAAGGGGCCGGCCGGCUCCCAGGUGACCCUGAGCAGCCUGGGCAACCAGACGCGCGUGCUGCUGGAGGAGCAGGCGCGGCACCUGCUGAACGAGCAGGAGCGCGCCACCAUGGCCUACUACCUGGAGGAGUACCGCGGCGGCAGCGUCUCCGUGGAGGCCCUGGUCAUGGCCCUGUUCGAGCUGCUCAACACCCACGCCAAGCAAUGGAAAAAAUAUCCUUGGUUCUCCCUCCUCUCUGAGGUGAGAGGCACCAUUUCCCCCCAAGACCUGGACCGCUUUGAUCACCUGGUGCUGAGGAGGGAGAUCGAGUCGAUGAAGGCGCGGCAGCCCCCCGGCCCUGGGCCCGGUGACACCUACUCCAUGGUCUCCUACAGUGACACAGGCUCGUCCACAGGCAGCCACGGCACCUCCACCACCGUCAGCUCGGCCAGGGAGCGGCUGCUGUGGCUUAUAGACCUGAUGGAGAACACUCUGGACCUGGAGGAAACGGGCCAGGCCGUCCAGGGCAAUAUGAACGCCCUCCCAGACGUUUCCCUGGAUGAAGUCAAGUCCACGGCCGAGGGGCUGCCUGGCUACAAGCUGCCUCCUCCCCCACCACCCCUCGCCCAGCCGAAGAAGCUCGGAAGUCAGGACCAAAAGCCACCUUCCUCCGCCUCUUCCCACUCGGGCAUAGUCUUCUCGGCUCCGCAGAACCGCAGCCCGCCGGCUGGCACCGCACCCGCCCCAGAGGCCCCCUCAGCGCAGGACUCGCCCUCCUCCCCCAUCUACGCCUCCAUCUCCCCUGCCAACCCUGGCGCCAAGCGGCCGCUGGAUGCCCAUCUGGCCCUGGUCAACCAGCACCCCAUUGGCCCCUUCCCCCGGGUCCAGUCACCCCCGCACCUGAGAAGUCCCCCCGCAGAGACCACGCUGGCUGGGGGCUGCCUCCCACCACCCUCCCCCUCGGGGCGCCCAGACCAGACAGGCACAAACCAGCACUACGUCAUGGUGGAGGUGCACCGCCCGGACAGCGAGCCCGACGUGAACGAAGUGAGGGCGCUGCCCCAGGCUCGCACAGCCUCCACACUCUCUCAGCUCUCGGACAGUGGGCAGACUCUGAGUGAGGACAGUGGUGUGGACGCUGGCGAGGUGGAGGCCAGCGCCCCUGGCCGAGGCAGACAGAUGGCGUCCACCAAAAGCAGGAGUAGCAAGGACCCACCUCGGAACGAGAGGAGCACAGAGGGGGCAACCAAACCGCCUGGACUCUUGGAGCCCACAUCCACCCUGGUCCGAGUGAAGAAAAGUGCGGCCACCCUGGGCAUCGCCAUCGAGGGUGGCGCCAACACCCGCCAGCCGCUGCCCAGGAUCGUCACCAUUCAGCGCGGCGGCUCGGCCCACAACUGUGGGCAGCUGAAGGUGGGCCACGUGAUCCUGGAGGUGAAUGGGCUGACGCUGCGGGGCAAGGAGCACCGGGAAGCCGCGCGCAUCAUCGCCGAGGCCUUCAAGACCAAGGAGUGUGACUACAUCGACUUUCUGGUCACCGAGUUCAAUGUGAUGCUCUAGGGGCCGAGGCCUGAGCGCCUCCCACCGCUGCCCAGCCCCUGGCCCGGUCCCUCUUCCCUCCUGGCACUGACGCUCCCUGAGGGGCCAGGGCCGCAUGGCCAGGGUAGCAGGAAGACACCCCCACUCCUUCCGGGCCCGCUGGACCAGAACCGGGAGAGGAGGCGAAGCAAACAGGAGGUCAGGUCAGGUCAGGAUCUGGUGCCGCGCCCGGUACACAGUAGGCACUCACUACAAGUGUGGGUUUCAGGAAGGGGAAGGACACAGUGUCUUGGCAUGUCCACCUGCGGUCGGCCAGGGCCUGCUCCUCUGGGUGGAGUCGGGGGCACUGUGCCCCUGGCCACCUAGGACCUGGCCCAUCUCCAGAUGCCUUGGCUUUGUCUAGAGCAGCGGUUCUCAACCUGUGGGUCGCGACCCCUGAAAAUACAUCCUGCAUAUCAGAUAUUUACAUUACGAUUCAUAACAGCAGCAAAAUUACAGUUAUGAAGUAGCAACGAAAAUAAUUUUAUGGUUGGGGGUCACCACAACAUGAGGAACUGUAUUAAAGGGUCGCGGCAUUAGGAAGGUUGAGAGUGAGGUCAUGUGAGAAUUCAUGGACAUGGCCCCCAGCCAGGGGGCAUCUUGCAGGACCUUUAGUGCCACAAAUAAGCAUCAAGCACCCCCUUCCCAUUUACCCCCCAUUCCUCCGAGCUCCUUGUCCCCCAUGGUAUUUAUUAUUUAUUUCCCUCUCCACACCCUGGGGACCCAAGACCCCAGCUCCCCACCGCACCCCCUGCCUAUCCCAGAGGCCUUGCAGGUGACCAGCGACGUCAGUGUAUUUAUAUACAGAGCUUAUGACUUUAAUUUUUCAAUAAAGAGAUCUGAACAA